AUGGAAUAUCCAACGCGUCGCGACGUUGUCAUUAACCUUGUUCAAUCGGUGCGUGAUGCUUUGCACCCAUUAGACCUAUUUGAGAGCAUUAAUGCUCUUGCGAAUGGAGAUCUUACCGGCAAGUGGGCACACACUGUUGCCACAAACGUUACCCAGAGGAUGGAGUCGUGUUUACGAGACGUUGUGGUAGUGGUUACAGCGGAAGAAAAGAUUGACGAGAAGCUGUUAGUGCGGACCCCUCAGGUAACAGUAAUGUGUGCCAUUAUGGAGCUGCUGGUAAUGGAUUCGGAUUUCACUUUACUACUGCUGGGUUUGAAUUCAUUCACCAACCUGAUUUCUGCCAUCGCUGGGUCCAAACCAAGAGAAAUUUCUCAAAGGGACUUGAAUACACUGCUGAUUAACCAAUCUGGUGAUGGAUACUGUUGGAUCUUUCAUCUUGCCACAAACUUCCUACGAAUCGCCCUCUCUGAUCCCAAGCGGCUUAUUCGAACUGCGGGCUCCCAAUUGGUUGCAAAACUAUUGCGCCUCCCAAAAGGUUCGAGGUCGGUUAUCCACGAUUUCGCUGGGCUCAUACUUGGUUGUCACGAUGACAACUUGGGAACCCUGGACACCGUAAAGACGAGACUACGGAAGGAAGCAAUUGACUGCGUGACAACGGCACUUUUACUCUGUCCUUCCUCGGAAUUUAGCUUUAGGGAGAUUGUGGAUUCCGUGAUUGUUCCAGGACUGAAAGAUUCCAAAUCCAUAGUGCGUAGCUCGGCUCUCGAUUGUCUGGCAGUGGCAGUCAAGGUAGAUAGUGAUGCUUUAAUCGACCAGGUGGAAUUGCAGUUGCCUCUCCCCAAUAGCAACAAUAACGCCAAAAGGGAGCCGAAGAAGGGAGGGCAAGAGGAGUUCUCCAACCACCAAGCUGCGGUGUCCUUGCAUUCUAUUGUCUUUCAACGCCACCUACCCUCUCUCAAUAGCCAAUUUCGCCUUGUUCGCCAAUUUCCAGAGGACUCCACCGUUGGGAUGUCAUCUUCAGGACAGGUUAAUUGCGAAUCUCCAUCUUCCAUUCGUGAACGUCGUAAACCAAGUGCAGGACGGAUGCAUGGGAACCUGCGUCUGCCUUGGGAUCCCAGGGACAGUGUCGUAGUGGUCGGUUCUGCUAACGGGUCUUCUGAAAGUUGUUCCUUUCCUUUUCACAACCUUCCUCCGGCGGCAAACGCCAUUCGGGGCAGUAAUUUCGAUGAGUAUAAAUCGAGUGGUCGGUCUCCAGAACGUUCAGUCAGUAACCAGAACUCCAGUACGCAGUCGCUCGAAUGUAGGAGUCGUACAGAAUUACGGCGUAGUUUAAAUCUUCCCCGUGCUUCUUACUGUGAAGGCAGUCCAGAUGCAGCCGUGGAAGCAAUCCAUACCUUCUCACACCGCCAAUCCUGCCUUCUUGCCUGUCGACAAGUAGAGUCAGCUUACCUCAGCAUCAUCAGAGCCCCAAAUUUGAUCAACCCUCUGGCUGCAGCAGGAAAUCCAACUCACCCAUCCACUUCCACCACUUGCAUUCAGGACCGUUGCGAGGCCGAUGAAGACACUAUGAUGGAGACAGGCAUCGAAGGCCACGCACCGCGAGGAUUUGCUCGGAGGUCGAAUCGUUCUAGGCAAGGUAACAAUGCGAAAUCUCUCUCUUCUCAAGGGAGUAGGAAGAAGGGAGGUGUGGAAGAUCUUGGCCUAACAAGAAGUGGUCCUCAGACACCCUCCCAGACGCCACGACUUCCUCAUGGGAUGCCAAGUAGACGACCGCCUUCUAUUCCGCGUGAUGGAAGCCUUCAUCGCAAGAAUGUUCGUCACCACAGUCCAGACCAUCUCUCACGCCUUUCCCAAAAUCACCCCUCCAUGACUGACUGUGGCAGAUGUAGAGACGUCACUUCAGCCCUCAAUCGAAUAGCUUCCGCAGACUGGGAGGACAAAGUAGAUGGUCUUCUGAGCCUCUCUUCACUGGCUCUGAAGCAUCCAACUGCCUUUUCCAACUCCCCCGACACCUAUUCGACAGUCAUUCAUGCUGUCACCUCGGAAUGCAGAAACCUCCGUUCCCAGGUCUCCAGACAAGCGGUGAAGACGAUGGCUGACCUCUUUCGUGGCCUAGGUCGCCUCCUCGAUCCGCAUGUGGACACUUGUGUGCGUGUGCUCCUUGUCAAGACUGGUGAGGCGUCGGCAGCCUUUCUACGUGGAGAGGUGGCAAUUGCGCUUAGCGAUCUUGUUCGUUCUGUCAACCUCAACAGAGCUCUUAUUGCUCUCUUCCAGCAUGGACUAGGACACAAGAACGCAGCGGUGCGUAGGCAGUGCGCUAUUCAGGCUAGUUACCUCAUUGAAAGUAUGGGUCCCAGUAGGGUCCUCCAAACAACCAAUCAGCGUGGAAAUCUCUCCUCCUCCUCCUGGGGAUCACUGACUACGGUGUGUAGUGGUGCAACCUCCGCUUCAAACGCCAACCCCUCUGCCACUACAAUAACCAGCGCCUCUUCUCAGGCUGUCACGGAGAGAGUUAUUGUGGCAUUAGGGAAGUUCCUUCUGGAUAGCAAUCAGGAGACUCGAUACUAUGGUCGUCGCAUUCUGGCUACUCUCCAAAACAGCCCAGACUUCGAGAGAAAUUUGACGCGUUAUCUCUCCGGACAAAUGCUGCGAGCCGUGCGCGAAGCAACUGACUACCUGCGUACCAAGGUGAACGACAAAUACAACCUUUAG